UCUAUGGGUGGAACAGCGCAAAACGACAUCGUUUUGCAGUAUUGAGAGCCAGCUGUAUUUUCUUUCUUCCUCUAAACGACGUCGUUCUUCCUAGCUUAUAACUUCAACUUUGUUUCGCAAUUUUUGUUCCCAAUAAUUGAGUACAUAAAUCAUUUAAUUGUUUCCAAUUAAAGCAUUUGAUUUCUUUCCAUUUAAUUUAGAAUUUCUCUCUCUUCUCGAUUUUACCAUAUUUUUUUCCUCAUUGUUCAAAUUCGAUUUUCGAGUUUCAAUUCUUUUAAAUAAAUCAAGAUUUUUGAUUCUUUUGGUUGUGCAUAACAAUGGAGCUUGUUACUGAUUUUUCAUCUGGUAUUCUUCCUACCUUAAUGCAUGAAUUGCUAUGGAUUCUUCAGUUGCUACUGAUAUUAACAAUGCUAAAGAUUAUACAGAUGUACAUUUGGAAAGGAUAAUGAAUUCUAUUGAACAGGAGUCUGGUGCGAAUGCGAGUUCAUCAGGGGCGGCUACUGUCGAUGCCGGUUCAUCAGGGGCUGCUGCUGAGGGUGGUUCACCAGGGGUUGCUGCCGAAGCAGCUUCAUCAGGGGCUGCUGCCGAGGUUGGUUCAUCAGGGGCUGUUGCCGAGGCAGGUUCAACAGGGGCUCUAGUGGCAGAGGAGAAGAUUAGUGAAAAGAAGAAAAAGAAAAUCAAAGUAGUUGCUACAAAGGGUAAAGGAAAAAAGGUUGAAAAAAGAGUGAAAGAAAAGCAUAAUGUGAAGUUUGAGGAUCCAGACAGUGAAGAUGUUGUUGAUGAAGUGCAGAAAUCAAAAUCUGUUGUUUAUGGGAUGUUGCGUAAUAGGAUGUCACCUUCAUCUGUUGUUAAUGUUUUUAAGGAGUUUUCUGAAGAUCAGUUGACUGCCAUUAGAGCUAUAGGAUUUGGGUCUUUGGAGUUUUUGAAAGUGUCCCAACUGCCUUUGCAAUUGGGUUUUUGGUUAGUCAAGCACUUUGAUGCUCAUAGUUGUACGUUAAAUAUUCUUGAUUCCGAUCCUUUCAAAAUUACGGAACAACAUGUACAUGAUGUCCUAGGGCUGCCAGCUGGAGGCAUGGAGAUGGAUGCUAAUAUUUUUUCAAAGGAUGAUAAAGUUAUUAACCAGUGGAAAAAACAGUUCCCAAAGAACUCAUUAUCUGUGAACAUUGGGGAACUUUCAAUGUACUUGAAGAACCAUAAAUCAGCUGGGCCAAUGUUCAAACACAAUUUCGUAGUUCUUUGUGUUUCCACUUUAAUGUCAGGAGGACAAAACAAGAAUGUUUAUCAUGACGUUCUUAGAUAUUUGAGUAAUGUUGCUAAAAUCAAGGAUUUAAAUUGGUCGAAGUUUAUCCUUGAUUCUCUUGUGAAGGCGAAGAUCAAAUGGGAUGAGCUUCCUACUCGCUACUUUCCAGGAUCUUUAUUAUUUCUUAUGCUUUUAUAUGUUGAUUAUUUUAUCAUUGAGGAAGUUAGAGCGAAACGAGAAACUCCUGUUCUCAAAGGUUGGUCAACGAAUAUGUUGUCUAGCCGUGAGAAAUUGGAAAUUUUUAAGGGGAGGCUUGGAAUUUUCGAUAAAAAUCUGAAGGUUGUUGGUCCUUCUGGCAGCAAACAACCAAAAAUGGAAACAUCUGUUCCAACUGUUCCACAAACUAAUGAAGAUGUUGAAGUAGAUCCAAAGAAGUUUGGUUGGUAAAAUUGGGUUGUGGAGUAUCAGCAACAGUUGAAUAAUGAUGCAAUGUGGCACUCUAUUAUGGCGCAUCAAUGGAGAAAUCAGCAAAAAAUUAAUUGCUCAUUUGACAAAUGAGCAAAUAUUUU